AUGGCGUCGCCAUACAAGUUACGGUGCAAUCUAGUAGGGCAUGAAAAAGAUGUCCGUGCUCUUGUUACAUCAAUCUUUCCCGAGAAUGGUCUCAUAUCAGGUUCUCGGGACAAUACUGCUUGUCUCUGGGUUGAAAAUGAGGCAGACAACAGCUACCACAGGGAACUAGUUAUGCGGGGACAUUCUAACUUUGUCUCCAGUAUCUGUGUUAUACCACCGGAUGAUACAUACCCCCAAGGUCUGAUAGCUACUGGAAGCAAUGACAAGAGCAUUCUUGCAUACAUCCCUGGUGUUCCAGAUCCUGUCUUCAAGCUCACCGGACAUGAAGGAAAUGUUUGCGCCCUGGCGUCUGGAAAAUUUGGAUUUUUACUAAGUGGCUCAUGGGAUACAACUGCUCGGGUGUGGCUGAAUCAGAAAUGUGUGAUGGUGCUUGAAGGGCAUCAGAUGGCAGUCUGGGCAGUGGGCAUUAUCUCAGGUCAGGGCAUAAUGUUGACAGGCUCAGCUGAUAAAACAAUCAAGGCAUGGAAGGCUGGAAAAUGCAUACAAACCUACAAAGGUCAUGAAGACUGUGUGAGAGGUAUAGGAGUUGUAAGUGAAGGAGAGUUUUUAUCUUGCUCAAAUGAUGCUACUGUGCGACGAUGGGCUGUCUCCUCUGGGGACUGUCUGGGUAUUUACUAUGGCCAUACCAAUUAUGUUUACUGCUUAUCCAUACUUCCAAAUGGUCAAGACUUCAUUACGGGGGGUGAGGAUCGAACCCUUCGUGUUUGGCAAGAAGGAAAGUGUGUACAGACCAUUUACCACCCAUGUGAAUCUGUGUGGGCAGUGUGUGCUCUACCUAAUGGAGACAUAGCCUCAGGUUCAAGUGAUGGGGUUAUCCGUAUAUUUACAAGAGCUGCUGAAAGAGUGGCCAGCCAGGAGGUAAUAGAAGCACAUGAGGCAUCACUAGCGAAUGCACCUGUGGCUUCCCAGCCCUUGGGGGAUAUCAAAAUUGAAGAUCUGCCUGGACCAGAAAGUCUCCAGAAGCCAGGAAAGCGGGAUGGCCAGACAACUAUGGUGAACACUAAUGGAACUGUGGAUGUCUACCAGUGGGAUGCCAGCCAGACUAAGUGGGUAAAGAUUGGGAAUGUUGUUGGUUCCAGUGGCAGUACACAGAGGACUUCAGGGAAAACUCUCUUUGAGGGAGCAGAGUAUGACUAUGUUUUCACUGUGGAUAUAAAAGAAGGAGCCCCACCACUGAAACUGCCAUACAACAUCGCUGAAGAUCCUUGGAUGGCAGCCCAAAAGUUCAUCUACAAGCAUGAAUUGUCUCAAGUCUUUCUGGACCAAGUUGCCAACUUCAUCAUUGAGAACACCAAGGGAGUAACACUAGGGACUGGUUCGGUGCUCUCCAACUCUGAUCCUUUUACAGGAGGAGAUAGAUACAUUCCUGACACAGAUAAAAAUGCUGGUAUCACAAAUGAGGUUUCAGAUCCAUUUACUGGUGCAGGCAGAUACGUGCCAGAGGGGAAGACAACUGACAGCCCAUCCAACAGUCACUUUCCGGUCAAAACGUUUCUAUAUUUUGACACAGUCAGUCCAGCAGAGCAGAUUUUAGGGAAGCUGAAGGAGUUUAAUAAAGUUAUUGAUCCCGAGCUACAAGUGUCAGAGGCAGCAAUAGACAAUCUGGCUAGCCUAAUUUCAGGAUCAGCCAACGCAGAGGCUGUAAAAACCCUGGAGAAACUUAUAGCUUGGCCACCUGAGUAUGUUUUUCCAGCAUUAGACAUAUUGCGCAUCACUAUCAGAAACCAAGAGGUGUGCAAGUACUUCUCUUCUUCACAAGACUGCGUUGAUCUCUUAUGCCAGCAUGCUUCCCAAGGCAAUCCCCCAACAUGUCGCAUGUUGGCAAUGCGUACAUUUGCCAACUUCUUCCGCUACCCAGAAGGCAUUGAACUCAACAUGCGCCACAUUGAUGCAGUGCUGCAGUCUGCGAUUAACUGUAAAGACUUCAAUACAAAGAAUGCUCAGGUUGCUGUUGCUAGUUUAGUUCUGAAUUAUUGUGUAAGACUGUCCAGCUUAGAUGAUCUGGAAAGUAAGUCCAAGUGUCUUCAAGCUAUUGGUGAGAUCCUGAUUGUGAACCUGGAUCCCGAGGCAGCAUAUCGUUUGCUGGUCGCUGCUGGAACCUUGGCCGCUCUUGAUGACAGCUGUAAAGCUUUGGCUCAUUCCAUUGAUUUGCCAGAUGUUGUCAGAAAGUUUCACACUUCCGAUGUUAGUAAAUUGGUUGAAUGCUCCAAGUUAUUGUCCCACACCCUCUCUAGUUAG